AUGGGUUCUGUGAUGUUGGGCUGGAGGUUUUCAUGUGUUCUGGUGCAGGCGACUGUCUGGCUGUUGCUCAGCAAGGGGGAGAGGAUAUGCCCUGCAAGUUGUCGCUGCGAAGGCAAGCUCGUCUACUGCGAGUCAGGCAUUUUCCAAGACAUUCCCGAGAAUAUCACCGCAGGAUGCCAAGGUCUUUCUCUACGCUAUAACAAUCUGCUUGUGCUGAUACCCUACCAGUUUGCGCAUCUCAAUCAGCUUGUCUGGCUCUAUUUGGACCAUAAUUCAAUCAGUGCAGUGGAUGUUUUAGCCUUCCACGGUGUGAGGAGGCUAAAAGAACUCAUUAUUAGCUCCAAUAAGAUAAGCCACCUGCACAACAACACGUUUAGCGCCAUCCCAAACCUGCGGAAUUUGGAUCUAUCAUACAACAAGCUCCAGUCUUUGCAGCCGGGACAUUUGUUUGGCCUGCGCAAGCUCCAGAAUCUCCACCUUCGAUCCAACGGACUCAAACAGAUUAUCGUCCGUACAUUUCUGGAAUGCCGUAGCUUGGAGUUUCUGGAUUUGGGUUACAACCGGCUGCGGAGUCUCACCCGCACAACCUUUUUAGGACUGUUCCGGCUCAAAGAGCUUCAUUUAGAGCACAAUCAAUUCUCACGGAUUAAUUUCUACAUUUUCCCACGGCUCACAAACCUACAGACUCUUUACUUGCAGUGGAACCGCAUACGAGCCGUAAGUCAAGGCGUACCUUGGACCUGGCUGAAAAUGCAGAAACUGGACCUUUCGGGGAACGAAAUACAAACAUUGGACCCUUUGGUUUUCCAGUCGAUGCCAAAUUUACAAACACUCAAUUUGGAAUCCAACAAGCUCAGGAGCGUUCCCGUGGAAGCCGUGGCGGCGUGGACUUCGGUGACCUCCGUCGGCUUGGCCGGCAACGCCUGGGACUGUAGACCGAGUAUCUGCCCGCUCAUGGCGUGGCUCAGGACCUUGAGGGACGCCAAAGACAUUAGCAUGAUAUGCAGCAGUCCCAAGUCUGUGCAGGGAGAGAGGGUCAUGGAUGUCGUGGGGAAUUAUUCCACCUGUGCGGACAUAAUGGCUAAAGUGAAUACCACUGCUGCUGCAGCUGUAUUGACUUCAAGCCCUUUUAUGAACGCCACUUUGGACCAUCUCUUCAGUGAUGUCACGGAGCUGGAUAAUGACGAGUCUCCUGCGCUGACAUCGACAUCUUCAUCCAUCUGGCCUGAUAAAACGGAUAGACAGAAUCUGAGCACCUCACCGCCCACGCCCUCUAAAUCUCCUACUUCGUCCUUCCCAGAGAUGCCGUUUGAACAUAUGGCUUUUCAUAAAAUCAUCGCGGGCACUGUAGCCCUGUUUUUAUCAGUGUCAUUGAUCCUCCUGGUUAUUUAUGUCUCAUGGAGGCACUACCCCAACACCAUGAGGCAACUGCAGCAGCACUCAGUCAAACAUAAGCGUAGGAAAAAAGUGCGGAAGCAGGAGCAGGACCUUAACUCUCAGUUACAAGAAUACUACCUGAGCUACCAUUCAAACUCAGAAACCAUGGAUUCACUAACAAACGAGGCACGGCCGUGCACAUGCACCAUUUCGGGAUCAAUAGAAUGUGAAGUAUAG